AGCCAGCCAGCCGGGGGGAGGAGGAGAAGCGCGCGCAGUCCAGCCGAUCCCUGCCCAGGUGCCGCCGCCGCCGCCGCCGCCGCCGAGGAUCGCCAGUGCGCGGAGCAGCGGGGCCAGCCGGCGAGUGCGCGCCAUCCGCGGGCCUUUUGCGCCGGAGGGAGGAGGCGAGCGGCGGGGCGCUGCUCUGCUCGGGCUCCAACGCCGGACACCUUUGGGGGGGGGACCGUGACUUGGGGGGGUCUUUCGCCUUCUCGGAGGCUGCGCCUAAGCACUGUGAAGGUCCAUCAUGUCGGACAGAAAGGCCGUGAUCAAGAAUGCGGACAUGUCUGAGGACAUGCAGCAGGACGCCGUGGACUGUGCCACGCAGGCAAUGGAGAAGUACAACAUAGAGAAGGACAUUGCGGCGUACAUUAAAAAGGAAUUCGACAAGAAGUACAACCCGACUUGGCACUGCAUCGUGGGCAGGAAUUUUGGCAGCUACGUAACGCACGAGACAAAACACUUCAUCUAUUUCUACUUGGGCCAGGUUGCCAUCCUCCUCUUCAAGUCGGGAUAGGAGGCAGGUGGUGGUGGUGGUGGAGGGACACGGCGAGCAAGGGACCCGGACUGUGGUGUACCAAAGGCAGGGAGUGUGCAGGCUUCCUCUUCCAUGGCUGUGCCGCUGCAUGGACUGUAUACUAUAUUUAAUGUGUAUAUGUUGCAGUAAAACACCUGAAUUGUCUUUCUGUUGCCUGGGGGGACAAAAGGCAGCAUCUUUCUUUUCUAAAAGAAAAAAAUAUUUCCUGGGUUACUGCUUUUUUUUCUUUCUUUUUUGUUCCUUUGCACUAGGGAAAACUGUAAAUGCUUCAACGAUGGCCUUUAAGCGAGGGGGAAAUUGAAUAAAUAAAACUUUAAUUCCACAAAGUGAUCUCUUGGUGGUGUUACUGUUUCGCAAAGCUGGAUUCCAGCGGAACGAAAACAAAAGCUCUCGUGAGGGGUUGAAUCGGACUGAGGCAGCCGCCAACUUUUUUUUCUUUGGCUGGCAGGCCCCCUGACCACUGUGUUGACGUUUCACCUAGUAGAGAAAGGGGUUGGGGUGGAGGACGGGUCUGCAUACGCCACGCGGUAUGGCUUCCAGCACAAGCCUGGAAUUAAGUUGGCACUUCAUCAGAGUGUUCACUCUUCAAAGUAGAUUAACCCUGGCCCUAGAUAAACCCGUGCCCCACACUUGGGGCACAUGGCAGAGGUUCCAAACCCUUGAAGGGGCCCAGCAGCUGGGAUCAGCCUCUUUCUGUCUCCAUUGCUGAUCAAGUCAACAUUGCCUUAUUGCAGCUUUCUUCCGACAACUGUUGUGUGGGAAGAUCUGUCAGAUUUGGUGGCUCGAUGUUGUGUAGUUGCAUAGUGUUUUUUUCGGGGGGGGGGGGGUGUUGUUUGGUAGAGGCCAGUUUGAAACAUCUCCCUCUUCCUCCCCCCCCCCUAACAGAAGCCUGCCGAAGCAGAUAAGCCAGUAGCAUACGUCCAUCACAGAAAACAUACCUGCUUCUAAUGCUGAGAAACCGUCUCUGAUCGGCUUCAUUGGUGUCGACUCUAAUGUAUAGUUGAGAUUUUGUUCUAUUGCUAAGAUGUCUAAUUGGCUGUCUCUAUUUUUUUCUUAGUGAGUUCAUCCUUGAAAUGCACAAUGCCGUGAUAGCUUUAGCAAAAAUUUGGGUGCGUUUACUGUCAACAGCCUAUAACAGUGGUGGCAAACCUUUGGCACUCCAGAUGUUAUGAACUACAAUUCCCAUCAGCCCCUGCCAGCAUGGCCAAUUGGCCGUGCUGGCAGGGGCUGAUGGGAAUUGUAGUCCAUAACAUCUGGAGUGCCAAAGGUUAGCCACCACGGGCCUAUAAAUUGAACUUGGGCACCCCCCCCCCCAAAAAAAAAAAUUGGGUCUGAGGGAGUAGUGAAGAGAAAACUAUCUGCAAGUUAGUACCAACUCCAGGACACGGAACUGUCUCCAUCUGUCUAUGCUUGUAUAUCGUACUUUAGGGAGACGUGAUAAAUUUUUUUGGCUCGGAAACAGGGAAAGGCUUCAGCUGUCUAGCUCUAAUAAACGGAAGUUCUCCUUGUGUCUGUGCAAAAUCGGAAGUAUGCCUCGAACUUUGUACAAAAAUCUCAAGUCAAACCAUCUUGUAAAAAGUGAUAAAAUUAGAGGUUGAUGUAGCUGUUGUAUUUCAUGUUGACUUCCAUCUCCCACCUCGUUGGGGGGUAUCAGCAAAGGUGACGUGCCUCAGAUUAAACUUGGGCUCUCUGCUUAUAUUUUAAGGAAUUCCACCCGAUCUGGAAAAGGAGAAUGUUUGUCUUUCCGUGCAUGAGUCUAACUUGUGAAUAUGUUCACACUUCAUGGCGCGUGCAAGAAUUAAAAAAAAAAAUCCCUUAUCUGCGGUUGCUCAAAAUAAACCUUAUUUUUCCAAAAACAUUAAAAGAAUUGACACAUUUAA